GGGGUGGAGGGAAGCGCAAAGGCAAAAGCAAAAAGUGGAAGGAAAUCUUGAAAUUCCCUCACAUUAGCCAGUGUGAAGAUCUCCGAAGAACACUAGAGAGAGAUUACUGCAGCAUAUGCGAAAAGCAGCCGAUCGGAAGGCUUCUCUUUCGGCAGUUCUGUGAAACUCGACCCGAGCUCGAGUGCUGCAUUAGGUUCCUUGACUCAGUGGCAGAAUAUGAAAUUGCUCCAGAUGAAAAGCUGGGAGAGAAAGGAAAGGAAAUCAUGAUGAAAUACCUCACCCCAGAGUCUCCAGCCUUCGUUCCUGAAGUCAGUCAAGAUCUUAUCCAACAGACAGAGGAGAAACUUGAAAACAGCCCCUGCAAAGAGCUAUUCUCUCACUGUACAAAAUCUGUCCUUGACCACCUCAGUGGGGAACCAUUCCAAGAAUACCUAAACAGCAUGUACUUCGACAGGUUUCUCCAGUGGAAGUGGCUGGAAAGGCAACCAGUAACAAAAAACACGUUUCGGCAGUACAGGGUACUAGGGAAAGGCGGCUUUGGGGAGGUCUGCGCUUGCCAAGUCCGAGCGACGGGGAAGAUGUACGCCUGCAAGAGAUUAGAGAAGAAGAGAAUAAAAAAGAGGAAAGGCGAAUCCAUGGCACUAAAUGAAAAGCAGAUUUUAGAAAAAGUCAAUAGUCAGUUUGUAGUCAAUUUAGCCUAUGCCUAUGAAACAAAGGAUGCACUGUGUUUAGUUCUGACCAUAAUGAAUGGAGGCGACCUGAAGUUUCAUAUCUACAACAUGGGAAACCCAGGCUUUGAGGAGGAAAGAGCUCUGUUUUAUGCAGCGGAGAUUCUCUGUGGCUUAGAAGACCUGCACAGAGAAAAUACUGUGUACAGAGAUCUGAAGCCAGAAAAUAUCCUGCUGGAUGAUUAUGGUCAUAUUAGAAUAUCUGAUUUGGGUCUAGCUGUUAAAAUCCCUGAGGGUGAAUCAAUCCGUGGAAGAGUAGGAACAGUAGGGUAUAUGGCUCCAGAAGUGUUGAACAACCAGAGAUACACACUCAGCCCUGACUACUGGGGGCUGGGCUGUCUCAUUUAUGAAAUGAUUGCUGGGCAAUCACCAUUUCGUGGAAGGAAAGAGAAGGUGAAGAGGGAAGAAGUGGACAGAAGAGUGCUGGAGACAGAAGAGGUGUACUCCCACAAGUUUUCUGAGGAGGCCAAGUCCAUCUGUAAAAUG